AUGGCUACAUCAGCCAUACAUCUCACGUCGCCAAGUCCUAAAGAAACAAUAGCAAAAGAAGAUUUCCGGAAAUGUUGGACAAUGAGUACUGCUGACAGCAAUCUCACGCUGCACUGCUUUCGCCGGCCUCUCUCUAAACGUAAGCCCUUCAUCGACAGACCGGCUGGCCUCAAGCAUAGCAAAAAAGACGCAAGCUUCCCAAAUGUCAGCGAUACUAUCACUCCAGAGUUUACAUUCUCGCUUCUCGAUGACGAGAAACAAUCAAGCCUACGAGAUGGCCUCACCUUGCACGAGAUUUACAAGACAAGGCUGCUUCGAGUGGACUUAGGAACGCGGUCGCGGACGGACUUGUUCCAGCGCUGGCUUCACCGAUAUUUGCAAGCCUUUCGAUACUGGAGAAUGUCGGGGAAGUCGCAGAACAGCGCCGAGGCUCUUAGAUCGUUCGCUGGAGGCCGCCGCCGAUGGUCCUACCAGAGUACAAUUCUGAUCGCUGAGAUUAUCGGUCGUGUCACGACUGCAGUGCUGACAGCCGUCUUCCUCGUUAUUCCGCUAGCUAUUCUGUCGCACUACUCGUCAAAAAACAUCCAACUCACAGUUGUAUCGGUGUCCAGCUUUGAGAUCAUGGCGAUAUCUGCUGCUUAUGCAGCAGUUCUUUCGGUUUUUGUAUCCAGCGUGCCAGCAAACGGCUGA